CCGGCGCCCGCGGGGCCGGGGGCGGCUCCGGGAAAGCGGCAGCAGUUCGGGACCCGCCUCCUGACCGAUCCGAGUCGCCUCUUCCAGCACAACGCCUGGGAUAAUGUAGAGUGGUCCGAGGAGCAAGAAGCCAGUGCAAGGAGAAAAGUUCAAGAUAAUAGCAUUCAGUUCGUGCCACCAGAUAAACAAGAAGAAUAUGAGCUGAAUGCUAGUAAAUACUGGAAUGAUUUUUAUAAAAUCCAUGAAAAUGGUUUCUUCAAGGACAGACACUGGCUCUUCACUGAAUUUCCUGAGCUGGCACCAAACCACAACCUGAGUCAAGCUGUGAGUUCUGUACAAAGAGAUGGUAAAACUGAAAGAUCCAGAAACUUGGGGCGGGAAAGCUGUGAAAAUGGACUCUGUUCAUGGGAAACCAGAGCACAAGGUCAUCCAAUCGGCUCGCUGAAAAGUAGUAGUAAUGUCCAUGAAUCCUGCACAGAAUGGAAAGCAACACAGAAGCUGAGUGGACUCAGCCUAAGUGAUGGUGGCUUUCCAGGAUCAUCGGCAACUUACUGUAUACUAGAGGUUGGCUGUGGUGCUGGAAAUACUGUCUUCCCAAUUUUACAAACCAACAAUGACCCAGGACUCUUUGUUUACUGUUGUGAUUUUUCCACCACAGCCGUGGAUCUUGUUCAGAACAAUGCGGAGUAUGAUUCUUCUCGCUGUUUUGCCUUUGUUCAUGAUCUGUGCAACGAUCAAAGUCCUUACCCAAUGCCGGAGGAAAGUCUUGAUGUCGUCCUUCUCAUUUUUGUCCUCUCAGCUGUUCUCCCAGACAAGAUGCAGUGCAUUAUUAACAGACUGAGCCGGCUUCUGAAACCUGGAGGAAUGAUAUUGCUACGAGAUUAUGGUCGUUAUGACCUGGCCCAGCUCCGAUUUAAGAAAGGUCGGUGUCUGUCUGACAACUUCUAUGUGAGAGGAGAUGGAACCAGAGUUUACUUCUUCACACAAGAUGAAUUGGAUGUUCUCUUCACAACGGCCGGGUUGGAAAAAGUCCAGAAUCUGGUUGAUCGGCGCCUGCAAGUGAAUCGUGGGAAGCAAGUGGCAAUGUAUCGAGUGUGGAUCCAGUGCAAAUACCGCAAGCCCCUUUCCCCAGGACAUGAGCCAAAUGGGCACAUUCAUUAAGGAAGAUCACCUGUCAUGUGCCCUGUAUCUGGGUUUGCUGGUCUCCUGUGCAGCAACAUGGCUUGGAAAGACUGUUGCAACUGACUGGAUUUUAGUUCUUUGUACCAUGUACAACAUAUCUAAAGUACACACAUUGUAUGGGCAAGAUGGAAGUUUUGUGCUAGAGAUGGAUGCUCUAAAAGUAGGCAAAGGAUAAGUGUUUUAAAUGUCUAGCUGCUGGACUUUUUAAAAAUUAUUGGUGACACAAUUUUACCCAUAUAGUGGUCAUUGAGUGUCUUUUAUAGAGCCUGUGCAGAACUAAUCUCUGCCUUGAAACAAGGGAAUAUGGAUCGUUUCUGCCAAUUCAAAAGUUCACAAGACAGUGGGGGGCAUGUCUACUGCCUAUCUCCCAGGCUCUUGCCCCACAUCACCAUUUUGUCAUUAUGCUGCUCCAUGUGUCAGAGACCAAAGUCACAUAAACUGUAGAUCAGCUACAACAAGAGGAGUUGUCUAUUAAGUUUUAAGGUGUAAGUCUGCCUCGGGCAUGCAGAUACGUUCUAGCCCUGUGCUGUGGCUAAUUUAGAGCCUAUCUAUACAAGGAAGUUAUCAUGCAUGGUGUGAAUUUACAGUGCACUAGCCACUCCACAUUAACUGCCCACGUAGCUGCUUUUAGUCACCUUUGAAAGGGGAGUAAGUAAAUUCAUACUUGGUGUGCACUAGGAAUGUCCACAUAAGCAGUGAGUGCAGAGUAGCUGGAACACUGUAAAUUCACAUCUUUGAAUGUAAACCAGCUCAGAGAGGUUCACCUUCCACCCUUUAAGACAAUCAGUUGGUGAAUUAUAUCUUUUAUUUAACUUCAUAAUGGAAACUUUCCACAAAGUGUUAAAGCUAGCAAAAAAUGUAUGCCAUCUUUUGGGAGCAAAUGUUUGUACUCUCUCUCUAAUCUGUUUUAAUAAAUGGUGUGGUACAGUAUGUAUUAGAAUUGUAAUAAAAGACUUAAUUUGUGGGAAAGCUUC